AUGUUCAGCUCGUUGCUUCCACGCCCGAAGCAUUCCUCAUACAAAGCACCUAAUUCUGGAACCAAUCAGUUGCGCAUCGGCCCUGAUUCGCAAAUUUUGGCCAUCUCAUCGAAUAGUUCACAGACUCAGGUUGUUACCAAUCCUGCCAAGGGUGCUACCAUAGCGCAAUUGCAUCUCGACGCUGAUGGAAAUGUAGAUUAUGCACUGACGAUUGCGUCUGCUGCUUCUGAUGGUGUCAGUAAGGUCCAAGCCACCUACGAAGAUACAAUUCCACUCAAGACGAGAAUACCGAACUUGAAGCACCAUUUUCCACGAUACGACUUAGACACUUGUCCAGACGACUCGCUCAAAGAAUGCGUGGAAGAAACACGUGCUGUUAUCAACAGAAUACUUAAUGAUAAGAUUGGAAUCAGCAGCGAAAAGAAGAAUACUGACGGAGUGACAUUUGUGAAAUACCAGAGCAACAGCAUUGUAGAUAGCAACCAUAAUGUCGAUAUAGUACGAGAAAAUGAAGGAAAUGAAAGUAGUGAAAAUGGAAACAGGGAGAGAGUUAUUCAGAUCAGAGAGUACAAAGAGGAUCCUAUGUUACCUCCAAAAUUCAAGUUGCGCAAGAACCGUCACAAGAAUCCUUCACCCCCACCCCCUAUACUUAAAGAUACAAGUGGAACUGAGGCUAAGCUAACGAAGGAAGAUAGAGAGAAAUGGAGAAUCCCAGCUGCUGUGUCGAACUGGAAGAACAACCAGGGUUUCACAAUCUCGUUGGAUAAGCGAAUGAAGGCAGCGAGCGGUGGUUCUCUUGACGAGGGUGCUGCUGAUGUCAAUAUCGAGAAGUUCGGCUCUUUAUCUUCAGCAUUGGAACAGGCGGACAAACAGGCCAGAGAAGAUAUCAAGAUUAGAAACGAGAUGCUCAAGCAGAGAGCUAUUACUGAGCAAAAGGAGAAAGAGGCGAAAUUGAAGGAGUUAGCUGCAUUGUCGAAGAAUGAGAGGUAUAGUACUAAAAGAGGGUAUCACCCGGACCAAAAACCGACAAAAAAGAGAGAUAUUGGAUAUUCACAUUGACCGCUAUCUAGAGGAUCUUCUCUGACACCGCUGGAAUUGGAAAUCAACUUGCAUUUACUUGCGAUGGUAUAGAAUAUUAUAUGGUUUCAAAACCUUAUGUCAGACAACUUUAGAUACUCCUUAUGAUUAAUGAAACUACGAGUGAUUAAU